AUGAACAUACAUCAUUUCCAGUUAUACCGUGUAAUGGAGAAGAGUGCUCAACCACGUUAUGUUUUUUUGCGCCAGCAAGAGGGUCCUGCUCGUCGAAUGCCAAGAGAUGGUGGUGAUAUUAAUUCAUCUAAUGAAAAUUAUCGUGCUGUGGCGCGUGAAAUUGUUGCAAAAGCUCUGGAAGAUAAGCGUCAAAAACAGCAAUUUUCACAGGAUUCGCAACCAUCCUCUUCUGGUAUCAGCGGUAUUGCAGCGAAAACAAAGAAGAAAUUAGUGAUAUCAGAUGAUGGAGAAAGUGAAAAAAUAAGCGGUUCAACAGUGGCUGCACAAGUUGCUGCUAUUCAACGUUUUAGUACACCACUUGGGUGGAAGCAGAUGGGGUCGUGGUUGAAAACUGCCGAAGCGAAUGAAGACUGGAGCCGUUUGAAAUUAUUACUGAGCCAGUGCGCACAGGCAAAUCUCACGCUGGAGUUGUUGCAAUCAAAUGAUACUCCGAAAUUUGUGCGUAAAUUGUCGAAAUCUUGCCCUGAUCAAGAUGUACGCAAAAUAUCGGGUGAUUUGGUGAUGCGGUGGAAACGUUUAGUAUCAGCGCCAUCUCAUCAAAGACCUGAAGAAUUGAAAAAAGUUGGUUCUGCAAAGCGUAAAACACCUCAUCCGGCAUCCGGGGAUAUCAGCAAGGCAAAGGUCAAGAAAGAUAAUCUGGAUUCUACGAAAAUUGUUGAGAGAGAAGCGGAAUCAGAUGGGAGUAAGCAAAAAGAUGCUUCUGAAAAUAAAAUGGAAUCUUGUAAAAAGUCUCCAAACACCGAAAGUUCUGAAAAAUCAGAUGCUACAUCUGCCAAGGCCGAAAAGUUCAUGAAAGCUUCAUCAUCCAAAAGUAAAGUAGAAAAAGCAGAAAAAUUAAGUGAAUCAACCAAAAUUGCGUCUAAUAAGCUUAAUGAAUUCAACAUGUUCGAGAAAUUGGGUGAGGAAAGGAAAGAAAAGAAACGACGUCCAAAAACAGCCAAGACCUAUACUUCGAAAUUUCGCUCAACAGGAUUGGAAGGUGACGAUGAACUUGCGACAGGUAAAAGUGGCUCGAGCAUGACGGUAGCAUCCAAAAAGAAAGGUUUGCCAAGUAAGGCAUUACUGGAUGCCAAGAAGCGCACCGCUGUUUCACCAAGCAUUCCAAAAGUAUUGCCAGUCAAUACUUCACCUCCAGUCUCGUCCGCACCGCUUGCUGAGAAAAAGUCUGGAUCAAGUGCUCCUGCAAGAGUUAUGAUGAGCAACACAUUUAUGGAUGCUCUGAUGGAUCCAGGGCAUAAGAAAGCGCUUCCAAAGCAAGCAAAAAAACGAUCGACGUUAAAUUUGAAACCGUCGACGUCUGUUAUACCGAGCGUUAUGGAAGGGUUAUAUAGCGAUACUUCAAGAUCACUUAAUAAAGAGAAACAGGACGAGGGAUCAGCUGAUGAAAAAAAAGAAUUAAUGGUAGAAGAACCAGACAUUAUACCGAUUGGUAAUAGAAAGAUACGUUUUGCUGAUGAAAGUGGACAGGAACUUGUUGAAAUUCGAUAUUUUGAGGUAGAAGAGGGUGAAAGAUUGAAUGUCAGUAAAUUAUCAUCUGAAGACAUGAAACAUCUAGAAAUGCAACGUGAACGAACAUUUAUGAAAGAGCAACGCAGCCUCCAUAUAACUGAAUUUGGCUUCAAUUCUGGUCGUUCGGAAGGAAUAACAUACAUUCCGUGGAAACUGAUGCCGCUUACGGAUGCUGUAUUUUUUGAACGUCGAGGUUCACAAAGUGAAGCGAAAAAAAUCGAGGAAGAAAGACAGAAGACUAUUAUGAUGCCAUUUUAUGAUCCCUCUUUGCCGGCCGAAUUGAUGGAUGCUGAACCCGAGUUGUUGACUGGUGCUAUUUUACCACCAACCGAAAUACCCUUAGAAUCUGAAGCCGAUGAUGAAGAUCUUAAUCAAGAUAUUGCUCAAGUUUUCGCAAAUGCCGCUACCGCAACUGGACCUUCAGCAGGCCACAAUCAAAGUGACGGAAAAGAAAUAGAUGUCCAAAAAUUGAUGACUGAAUUGAAAAAGAAAGGCCUUGUUGGUUCAAGUUCAGACUUAGCAAACAUACUCAAUAAAGUGUCUUCAACUACUGCUACUAUUGCUAGUACAACAGCAACGUCAGCUCCUUCCGCAUUGCAAGUCACUGUAGCCACAACUCCAACGUAUGCUCAAUUAACAGCACACUCUGGCGUUUCAAACAUUCCGAAUAUGUCAUUACCACCACCCCGUUUUGCCCACGGACUUCCGAUGCCACCUGUGUUAUCGGCUGGUCAAUAUAUACUUCCAGUCCAGCAACAGCAACCUUUUUUGAACGGUCCUGUUCCGGCUGGAGUUACUCCAACAAUAGGUGUAGACUUGACUACUCAAAGUGGUCCAUCUACAUCUGAAGCGCCAUCUUAUGGUAUUUACGGCCGUCCUGGAGUCAAACAAUGCACAUUUUAUCAGUCGGGUACGUGUAGUUACGGAGCACGAUGCAGAUUUGCACAUGGUGAUGAGCCAACUGCAGGUACUCAAGGAUAUGGCUACGGCGAUGAACGAGGACGAAGCUUUAGACGCGGUGGUCAAUCAUUUAGGGGUGGUCCACGUCGAGGUGGAACGGAUGGUGGAUACAGACGUGGGCGUGGUGGCCCUUCCUUUGGUCGUAGAGGAUUUUAUGAUCGAGAGAGAGAAAGAGAUCGCGAUAGGGAACGAGAAUAUGACUACGAUCGACGUGUAUAUGAUCGUUAUGGGAGGCGACGCAGGAAGAGUUCGUCGAGAUCAAGAAGCAGGAGCCGAUCAAGGUCAAGAUCGGUAAGUCCAUUCGAAAGACGGCCAUAUUCACCUGAUCGUCGUAGACGUGGCAGCCCACGUACUGCACAUGAAUGCGAUCAGGAGGAACAUUUUGAAAGGCGGUCAAGAAGCGACGAUCGAGAACGAAGUGACCAGCAUACUGUCAGUGUUGAAAAUCCGCUAAUUGAUGCUAAAUCACAGCCGCAGGGCGAUCAUUCUGCAACAGAAGAAAAAUGUAGUGUGGAGGGAAUUGAUUGUCUUAGAAGCAUGGAAGCCGUAGCAAGUACCGAUCAACAAAAAUCACCACCUGAAGAUCCAAUACCUUCGGUGAAACCUGAGAGCGUUCAAAUUGCUACUGAUUCUCCUGCUAGUCCAACCUAG